AUGCCACAAACAUGCAUACCACCUGUGAUAGCAAAUGAAGCUGCUUUAGCCUUGUCGAUAUCCCCUGAAUAUAAUAAGGAAAGGGAAUUUAUCAAGGACAAACCAUUAUCAUCAUGUAUUAAGAAAUUGGUGAUGGAUGAUGUUAGUGUUGAUAGGAUUGGUGGGAAUAAGGAUGAUGCAGAUAAUGAAUUUGACCACGGAUUUAAUGAAUUUGAUGAGGAAUGUAAUGAUAUUAACCAGGAUUUUAAUGAAUUUCAUGAGGCAUGUAAUGAUAUUAACCAGGGAUUUAAUGAAUUUGAGGAGGCAGCUAAUGACUUUGAUAUUCGGUUGUACCAACAGAUUUUACAGUCUAAUGAACAGAAUGUAGAUGAUGAGGUUCAUGAAGGUGAGGAAAAUGCAGUUAAUAAGGAAGUCACAUAA